UCCUCCUGCAACACACAGUUAUUCCUAAUUAUAUUGUGCUGCCAUGGCCCAGCACAUGGUCCCUCGGCAAUCCUGGCGCUGCUCAGUGCCGGUGCGAACCUUUAGUUGCCACUCUACUCCACUAGUCACUCGCCCUUGUUCCCGCACUAGCACUUUUUUAUCACAGGCAGCCACAAUACCGGUGACCACACCCUCAACUAAAGUACUUUGGACCUCUUCCUGUAUUAAAGCACGCCAUCAUACUCUACCCCCCUCCUAUGGUUUAAUCCACAGUAGACUUCUCUCCACUUCAGGAUCAAUCCCCGAACCUCGUCCUCUUAGGAAGAACAAAGUUGAUGUGCAGAUGCUACAUCCGGAACUGCACAGUAAAGUAUUUCCAUUUAUUGGUCCCUCCUCGACUGUUAACGCCACUAAAUCUGCAAAUAAUUCAGAAACAGCAGUAGAAAAUACUACCGAUCCAACUCCCGAAAUGAUUCAAUGUGCUAUCACACACUUGAAGAAGCAGAACUUAUGGGGCAAGGAGCCCAUCCUCGUCCCUGAUAUAGCUUUCGACCUCCCAGAGUUACGAGGCAAAACUAUUGAGGAUCAUUUCUAUAACAUUGGGGUUUUUGACUCAGCUACGUAUAAGGAAAUGGCCCUCCAAUUUGCGCAGUCAUCUAUUCCUCCGUUGCCAAAACAAUGGGACAUGCGAGCGGGCUGGACUCGCUACGGUGAAGAUGGCUCCAUCAAACAAGUUGAAUACCCAAGGGAAAGAAUACUGACGUUCGAUGUUGAAACCGUCCCUGGAUUGAGCAAAUACCCUGUCUUAGCCACUGCCGUCUCUUCUGAGGCGUGGUAUGGAUGGGUGUCACCUUGGAUCAUCAACCCUACCCUUAAUGAUGGUCUUCAAAAUGAUUGCCAUUUAAUUUCAUUUGGCCCAAAUCGAAACAUGAAAGGAGAAGAGAAAAUAUUAGUCGGUCAUAAUGUCGGAUACGAUCGAGCACGUGUACUAGAAGAAUAUUGCAUGGAACAGAAUGGAAUACGGUAUCUGGACACGAUGAGCCUGCAUGUUGCGGUCUCUGGACUCUGCACUCAACAAAGACCCAGCUGGCUCAAGUACAGCAAGGCGAUUGAGCGAGACGAUGAAGCCUAUGUUCACGCAUGCAAGGAUACAACAGGGAAAUAUUUUGACGUCAGCUCUGUCAACAGUUUAGCACAGGUUGCCAAGUUCCAUUGCGAUAUUAAAAUGGACAAGGCCACCAGAAAUAUCUUGAUGGAAGCAACGGAUAUAAGUCUUGUCCAAGAGAAUUUCCAGGCUCUGAUGGAAUACUGUGGAAAUGAUGUGAUUGCAACCCAUGCAGUCUACCGACAGACUUUGCCCAAAUACUUUCAGACUUGUCCUCAUCCAGUAUCGUUUGCAGGGAUAUUGCAGAUGGGAUCAUCCUUUCUUACCGUAAAUGAAGGGUGGACUGCCUAUAUAGCGCGAUGCAAUAAAAUGUAUAGCGAUAUGGCGAAGAGUGUCGAAUCUAAGCUUUUGAUGCUGGCAGAAAAGGCGGUGGAAAACUUUGAGAAGGAUCCGGAGCUUUAUGCAUCAGACCCUUGGUUAAGUCAGCUGGAUUGGAACAAACCUCAGCGUGUGUGGUUUGAGGGCAAGCUUCGAGCGAACGGCAAGGGCUAUCUCAAAGGACAGGAACCGCGUUGGAAAUGUCGAGCAAAGCUAUUGACGGACAAACCAGAGUGGUAUCGCGCACUUUGGAGCCCUGAAGAACAAAGGGUUAAGCUUUCAACACGUCAAAGGGUAGCACCGCUACUGUUGAAAUUGCAGUGGAAAGGCUAUCCUUUAGUCCAUUCCACAUUGCAUGGAUGGACCUUCCGUGUGCCCAUAGAUGAUCAAGGCUUUGUUACCAAGACUGAAGCACUUGUCUUUCCAGCUGAGAACGAGGCAGGGCAUCAAUCUAGUAUCGAUCCUACAAAGUAUCGCUAUUAUCGGGUACCACACAAUGGUGGUGAGGGCAUGAAUGUCGGAAAUCCAUUGAGUAAGGGUUUCAUGUCUUACUUUGAGGACAAUGUCCUAGGCUCAUAUGCAGCUGAAGGCGAAUCGUCUGAUGAUGGAAGUGGACAACUUGCUAAGCAAGCAUUAGAUAUGAAUGCCCAGUGCGCUUAUUGGGUAAGCUCGCGGGAGCGUAUUGAAGAUCAAUUUGUCGUUUGGGACAAAGGUCAAGGCGGAUUGGGUGAUAGAAUGAGAUUACCUGAUCGUGGAGAAGGUCUCAAGAAUGGUAUCAUUCUUCCUCAAAUUAUUACCAUGGGUACGGUGACAAGGCGUGCAGUGGAAAAGACCUGGAUGACAGCAAGCAAUGCAAAGAAAAACCGUAUAGGAUCAGAGCUCAAGUCAAUGGUACAAGCCCCUAAGGGCUACAAGAUUGUAGGAGCUGACGUUGAUUCAGAAGAGCUUUGGAUUUCAAGUUUGAUGGGCGAUGCACAGCUCAAAAUGCAUGGUGCGACUGCUCUUGGCUGGAUGACUCUGCAAGGAACUAAGUCUGCGGAAACAGACUUACAUUCCAAGACAGCACAGAUUCUAGGCAUUUCUCGUGAUCAAGCCAAGGUCUUUAACUACGGUCGUAUCUAUGGAGCGGGUGUCAAAUUUGCAGCUCGACUCAUGCAACAGUUCAACACGACCAUCGAAGCGGCGGAAGCAAAGCAAAGAGCUAUCAAUCUGUAUGCUGCUACGAAGGGAAUUAAGGAGCAGAAAGCAAUCGAUUAUGAAUUGGUAACAGAUCGUCCUUUCUGGCAUGGUGGCUCGGAGAGUUAUAUGUUCAACAGUUUGGAAAGGACGGCAACCGCAGAAGACCCCAGAACCCCAGCCUUGAGCUGUGGUAUCACGGACGCACUGAAGCCUAAGUACACUGAGAGCCAAUUCAUGACAUCGCGCGUCAAUUGGGUGGUACAAUCUUCAGGCGUGGAUUAUCUUCAUAUGUUACUGGUAUCGAUGAAUUAUUUGAUCCGGAAGUAUGAUAUCAAAGCGCGAUUCAUGCUCUGUGUACAUGAUGAAGUUCGUUACAUGGUCAAAGAAGAAGAUACUGCCAGAGCCACGCUCGCUUUGCAGAUUAGUAACCUUUGGACGCGUGCCAUGUUUUCUUACAAGUUGGGAAUCCAUGAUCUUCCACAGUCUGUGGCAUUCUUUUCAUCUGUAGAUGUUGAUCAUGUGUUCCGCAAAGAAGUCAACAUGGAUUGUAUCACUCCCACUCAACAGAUUCCCAUUGCGCACGGCCACAGUCUGACGAUCGAGGGCGUUUUAGCUCUGACUGAUGGGGGGAAGCUUGGCCCUGUUGUGGAAGGAUUCAGAGAUGCAGGAGAAGAUCCAAUCCCAUCUGAGCUUCGGACAAUAGGGAAGCGCCAAAAGGUCCAAGCUUCAAAAGCGAUCUAUGAGGAUUCUAGGAACUCUGUUUCACAGGAACUUAAUUUUGGUAAAAGGAUGUUUCUUGAAGCACAAUCUAUGUCUACGCUGUCAGAGAUCAAGGAGGCCAUCAAGCAAAAAAAGACUCAAGCAGAAACUGCUCUAAAGGCUAAAAGGGAAGCCGAACUGAGGGCAGCAUCUGGUACAGGUAACUACGACGAAGGAAGCACAAAUGGUCCAUUCAUUCGCGUAUCAAAAACUAAGGCCGCCGCAACUCCAAGGCGGCGAGUAUCAACUAUCCCUCGAUCUGUCCACUUUGGACCUAUGGUCUCUGGCUCAUGGGGCAUAAAAACUGAACAGAUACCGCCGACCACAUGUGAGGAAGCAACAUCAGUAGAAAUAAUAAAUGGAUCAACAAAGAGCCCAUUCGAACCCAGGGUGUGCAAAGACCACCAUUCGAGUCCUGUUGAGCGAUCUCAUUCAGGUAUUGAUACACAUUCGGGAAAGAAAACAAAAGUAUGUGACCUUUUAGACUUUGAGCAGGAUGAUCAGCCUGCAGAUGAUUUGCUUCGUCACUUUGCACCGUCUUAUGUCUCAAGCACUACAAAUGCAUACAGAAAGCCGAUGAAGCUUCCUAUACAUGAACGACGUGUGAUCAUGGAGCGGCAGGCAGCUAAGGAUAAGAAGGUUGACACAACAAUGGCUGCAAGUUCCCUGUCAUCUGAAGGGUUCCUCCAAUUUGGAGCGCGUUCCGUCACGAGUAUUGUCCCGCCAUCUUCUGCAGGGGAGUCAAUCUUCCGUACAUUUUCUUCUCAAGCUCGACGGAAGUAACUUUCUGCAUUUUUUUUUUCCUCUGCAUCAAUUUUGUUUUUAUUAUUCUUUUGUGUAAAUUCACUUGUACUAUUCAUGCAUUUUUUUAUGAUUGUUAUUUUUACCCAUGUGCAUCAUGUAUAGCAUGC